AUCCAGCUGCUGGAAAACACAGACCCUGGCCUGCGUACAUAUUGAGUGCAAAGAUCCCUCAGAUCAGCUAUGCGUCAACAGCCCCGGAGUUGAGUGAUGACAGGCGCUAUGACUUCUUCUCGCGUGUGGUUCCCCCAGACUCGUUCCAGGCUCAGGCUAUGGUGGACAUUAUCCGAGCCUUGGGCUGGACCUACGUCUCCACCAUUGCCUCAGAGGGCAGCUACGGAGAGAAGGGGGUGGAGGCCUUCACACAGCUCUCCAAAGAAACAGGUGGAAUCUGCAUCGCCCAGUCCUUGAAAAUCCCCCACAACCCCAAGCUGGAGGAUUACGACAAAGCCAUCCAGCAACUGCUGGAAACACAGAACUCGCGGGCAGUCGUCAUCUUUGCCAGUGAAGAAGACAUACGGGGAGUUCUCAACGCCACCAAGAGGGCCAAUCAGGUGGGCCAUUUCCUGUGGAUUGGAUCUGACAGCUGGGGGGCCAAGAGCAGCCCAAUCCACCAACUUGAGGAUGUAGCAGUGGGAGCGGUCACUAUACUGCCCAAACGCUCCUCCAUUGAAGGGUUUGAUGAAUACUUUACCGGGCUCACCCUGGAGAACAAUCGCAGGAACGUGUGGUUUGCUGAGUUUUGGGAGGAAAACUUUGACUGCAGGCUGCUCAGCGCCUCAAAGAGAGAGGAUACAAGCCGUAAAUGCACAGGUCAGGAGAGAAUCGGGAUUGACUCCAAGUAUGAGCAGGAAGGGAAGGUGCAGUUUGUGAUUGACGCAGUGUACGCCAUGGCCCACGCACUCCACACCAUGCAGAAAGAGCUGUGUCCUGAUCGCCCUGGCGUUUGUCCACAGAUGGAAUCUGCUGAAGGGAAGACUCUGCUCAAGUACAUACGCAACACCAGCUUUAACGGCAGUGCUGGCACUUCUGUUGUGUUUAACAAGAAUGGUGAUGCUCCAGGACGCUAUGACCUGUUCCAGUUCCAGAUGACCAACUCAUCCACUCCUGAGUAUAAGGUGGUGGGACAGUGGGUGGAGACGCUCCAGCUCAGGCUGGAGGAGCUUCAGUGGCCAGAUGGGGAGCAGGAGGUGCCUAUCUCUGUGUGCAGCCUGCCCUGCAAAACUGGCGAGAGAAAGAAGAGGGUAAAGGGCAUGCCGUGCUGCUGGCACUGUGAGCUCUGCGAUGGCUACCAGUACCAGUACGACGAGACUUCCUGCAGACUGUGUGCAUACAACAUGAGGCCCAACCCCAACAGAACGGCCUGCCAGCCCAUCCCCAUCGUCAAGCUUGAGUGGCACUCUCCAUGGGCUAUAAUCCCCGUCUUCCUCGCCAUGCUCGGCAUCAUCGCCACUAUUUUUGUCAUGGCGACCUUCAUACGGUACAAUGACACACCCAUCGUGCGGGCGUCAGGCCGAGAGCUGAGCUACGUGCUGCUAACAGGUAUCUUCCUGUGUUACAUCAUCACCUUCAUCAUGAUUGCCAAGCCUGACGUAGCGGUGUGCGCCUUCAGGAGGAUCUUCCUCGGCCUGGGAAUGUGCAUCAGCUACGCUGCGCUGCUUACAAAAACGAACCGCAUCUAUAGGAUCUUCGAACAGGGAAAGCAGACAGUCACAGCCCCACGCUUCAUCAGCCCCACUUCUCAGAUCGCCAUCACCUCCAGUUUGAUCUGCGUGCAGCUGCUUGGCGUGCUAGUAUGGUUCGCCGUGGACCCUCCGAACACCAUCGUCGACUACGAUGAGCAGAAAACCAUCAACCCCAAGCUGGCACGCGGCGUUCUGAAGUGUGACAUCACAGACCUGCAGAUAAUCUGCUCACUGGGCUACAGCAUCCUGUUGAUGGUGACAUGCACCAUCUAUGCCAUCAAGACCAGGGACGUACCAGAAGACUUCAACGAGGCCAAGCCCAUUGGCUUCACCAUGUACACCACUUGCAUAGUCUGGCUGGCCUUCAUCCCGAUUUUCUUUGGCACGGCCCAGUCAGCAGAGAAGCUGUACAUUCAGACAACCACGCUGACCAUCUCCAUGAACCUCAGUGCCUCAGUCGCACUGGGCAUGCUCUACAUGCCCAAGGUGUACAUCAUUAUCUUUCACCCCGAGCUCAACGUACAGAAGAGGAAGCGUAGCUUCAAGGCCGUGGUCACAGCCGCCACAAUGUCAUCACGUCUGUCCCAGAAGCCCAACGAGAGGCCCAACGGAGAGGCCAAAACUGAGCUGUGUGAGAACCCGGCUGCAGACCCCAUGAGUCAAGCAACCAAGAAAACAUAUGUGAGUUACAACAACCUCAGGAUCUGAUCUGCUUGAAAAACAGAUGCUGUCUUAAUCUAUGAUUGAAAAGAAGACGGGAGCUCUAGAGGAACAAAGAGAGAAACAGGAAGGAGUGAGUGCAGGCAUCUCCGCACCACCUGCAGCACCUAUGCACUCCAGGGCUGUGGAUGGCAUCCAACCUCCAUCCAAGACAUGAUCCACGAGUCCUGGCAGAGACUAGCACGGCUGUGGGCCAGUGUGGCUGGCUGGGCCUCACCGACCAAAACAGUAGGCUUUUAAACAUGUGUUGUGGCCCCUUUUUUCUCUCCGACUGAGAACAAUUUGCCUGCUAAAAGGGGUCACUGUGAAUGAGGACGACCGCAAAAAAGAGGAAAGUGGAUCUGCUUUCAAGAUAUUUUCUUUUGAAAUGUCAUUAAAGCCAUAUUCUCUUGGGGUUCCCAUUAUCUGAUUUCUGUUUUGUAUUGUUUCUGAGUGAUUUUUCUUCUGUGCCUCUUUUACUUGCAGUUGAUUUUAUUACCUUGAACAGCGAGCUCUGCCACAUACAGUAUUUUGUUUUACUGAAAUCAACUGAAAUCAGUCCCAGAUGAUUAUUAUGUAAGGAGUGAUAAGCAUUGUAAGUAUAUUUUUUGUAAAUAUUUGAGAGUAUUUUCAUGUUUGGAGUACAAAAAAAACUAGAUAUAAAGUCUUUGUUCAAACUGGAUUUUGGAUGGUAACGAAAAAGCACCACAAAGUGUUCACUUUGCAUGUGCCAAUGUAUGUCUGUUCUAUUUGAUGUAAACAAAAAAAGAGAAAUAAAUUCUGAAAAUGAUAUGAGCUUCAGCAUCUUUCUGAGAUUUGUUUAUUUUUAGCAGAACUGAACUUCAUCAAAAGACAGAAUAUGGCUUUAAUCUGUUGUUGAAUUGAGUCCCCCGCUCCCCCCAAGCCCUGUA